AUGAAUACAGAUCCACGAAACUCAGCAAGAAUCGAACAAAACCCUUUGGACGAAAUAGCCACCACUGCCUAUGGGUUAGGUAUCGUUUUUGGCAUUGCAUUAGCUUUGCUUCCCAGAUUGUCCUCUUCCUCUAUAACAAUAUAUAUAAUGGCAUUGUCCGGUUUCCAUUUCCUCGAAUAUUGGUCCACAGCAAGAUACAAUUCGUCCAAGGUCAAUAAAGACUCUUUUUUACUUUAUAAUGGACAUACUUAUAUAUUGGCACAUUUAAGUGCACUUGUGGAGUAUUUCAUAGAAUUCUAUUUUUUUAGAAGUUAUAAAAUUUCCAAUUCUUUCAGAUUGAUUCAAUACUUUGGUUUUUUUUUACUUUUAGUAGGUCAAAUAUUCAGAACAACUGCCAUGGUAACUGCUGGAAAAUCCUUUUCUCAUAUCAUUGAAACUUCUCACAAUCCUCAACAUACUCUUGUCACUAAUGGCAUCUACUCAAUUUCAAGACAUCCAAGCUACACCGGUUUCUUUUGGUGGGCUAUUGGUUCUCAACUUUUCUUAUUAAAUCCCUUAUGUUUUUUUGGUUUUUUAUAUCUUCUCUGGACUUUUUUUUCUCAAAGAAUAAGAUAUGAAGAAUCUCUUCUAAUCAGUUUUUUUAAAGCCGAUUACCUUAACUACAAAGCCAAAACUAGCACUUUAAUUCCUUUUAUUAAAUAA